UGGGAAACUGCCAUAACGAGGCAAAGGUGAGAGGUAUUGUUUUCUAUCGCGGUUCAUAGGGUGGGGAAGAGAAGGUGAUAGAGGUUAGAAAAGGAUCCUGCAUUUUCCACUUCGGCUCACAAACCUCAACCGCGUGGAGCUACGCCUGGUAUAACCAGCAGCCGGAACUCGCCAAGGGCUAAACUCGCGCUAGAUGCUGGCCUCGGGCAGGUUUCCUAAAUGACCUGGACCCUGACUGACUGAGGCACAACAGAAAAUUGACGACAAAAGCUGACAACUUUGAAAAUAAUGUCAACGGAUGGUUUACGUGGAGAGAAAGAUUCACCUGAUGGAAGCCAGGCUACUUGCGGUCCUUCAGAUGUUAAAACUGGGACAACCAAGAAGAAACCAAGCAUCCGCCGUAAUAGUAAAAAACUAUCUCUUGAAACCAGUGACAUAGAGGUUGAUGAGCCUGAUGCAAAUCCAAGAGAAGAGACUGGAUUAUUUAAAAAUUUAAGCAAAAGGUUUAGCAAAAGGUUAAAUUUGGCAUCAUCUUUAUAUCCAACCAAAAAUAAAACUCUCAAUGCACCAGAUGGAAAUACAGUAAAUAAUUUGAAAGUAGACGUCAAAGAACAGGAAGAAAAAUGUGAUUCAAUAGAAAACAAAGACAGUAAAUGCUCAAGUGAGAACACAAACUUGCCACUGUCAGUAAUGGAAAUAAACCAGUUAAUAUCCCAAAACCUGUUACUGGAGGCAAAUAAAAAUAUAAAUAAAUUGGAAGAAGAGUUGCUCCAUGAAAAAGAGCAUGAAAAAGAUGAAAAAUACCGCCAAGAAUACGCAAAAAAAGUUCGUGAUUUUAACUUACUCUGCGACAAGCUUGCUGAGCAAUUGAUAUCCAUAGUCACAAAUUCAUUCACGAUAGCUAAACAAGACAGCAGAAUUUUGUGUAUGGUAUCAAAGGUUGUUGAACUGGAAGAAGCAGCAGACAAAAGAUGGGAAGAAAGAAUGAAUCCUCCUGCCACUAACUGUUUCAGACGUCCUCGGAAGUGGAACGAUUUGUGGAAAGAAACAGUUUGUAAAAGUGUGCAAGAAAGAAUAGCUACUGUGCCUUUACUUACAAAGCAGCAGGAUGUAAAAUGGCUUGCAUUACACUUGGAACAUCUUCAGCAAACUAUUUUGGAAGACCUCAAAAUUGUGAAAGAUUUCAUACAAAAAUGUUACCCUGAAAAUUACAAGGUUUUUAAUGUCUAUAUAGAAUGCUAUCACCGUGCAAUAUCUUCUCACCUGGAGCGCAUCCAACAGAAACAUCUUGAAUUGAAUGAACUUUAUUUGAUUCUCAACUGGGUUCUUCAUAUCUACCAAAGUGGUGAUGUUAUGAGUCAUCCUGAUCUCUCACCAGAGGUGAAUAUGAAAGAACUUGGACCUUUGUUAGACCAAGAGAUUAUGGAAAAUGUCAUGGACAAAUAUGCUAAAGCAUUGAAGGUAAUAAUUUCAAACUGGAUGAAAAAUUCUUUGGAGGAAGAGAAGACAAAAUUGCUUGAAUUUGAAACACGAGAGCCAGAAUUAAUGAUGGAUUGUUACCGUUCUAAUAUGGCCUAUGAUAUCACUCAGAUGGUUUAUGAAUGUCUGAAAAACGCAGACCACAUCAGCAAAGAACUGAAGGGCAAAGCUUUGCAUAUCUGCUUUGAUGAAUUAGAAAAUUUAAUACACCGCUAUCAUCAGGACCUCGUAAUGAGCAAGCCAAAUGCAGUGCCUGUUUUGGUGGUAGGCCUCAACACCUGUAUUGACUUGAGAGAAAAUGUAGAGAAACUGAAGCAGGACAAUGAUGGACAUGCCAACAAAAUAGAAAAGACAUUAAACAAUGUUGUGAAACAACUCAAUCACAGUAUCUCAAAUGAAAUUUUUCUUCAGUUGAAGCUUUGUUUUAAGAAGUUAAUCACAAAGAAGUGGCUGUCCAAUAGUGAGGAUUUUAAUCAGAUAAUAAGCAUUGCUGAAAAGUACUGUGAGGAGUUCAAGAAAAUGAAACCAGCCAAUUACCAGGUUUUGAUAUCUGGUAUGCACUGUCAGUUUGUUAAAGAGUACAUUGCACAAAUCAUGAAACAACGCUUUAACUGCAAAUCAUCUAAGGAGCGUGACAAAGCAGCAAAUAAAAUCAGGGAAGAAUUGGGGACAAUAAAUAAGAUGUAUGAAGAACAUGGAAGUACUGCUUCGUGGCUUUUGCCUAUAACCCAAGAGCUGUCCGAUUUUAUUGGUUCAAACGAAAGUGAACUUGAGACAAAACUGAACACAUUAUAUAUGGACUAUCCAGAUAUUGGUGAAAAACAUCUUUUAGCUCUUCUUCAUUUUCGUGGAAUCUUGAGAGGGAAAAGGAAAAGCAAUUUAAUUAAGUAUUUCAACCAACUGGUAAAAGAAUCAGAAGACUCCAUAACACUAACCCACCCACUUUUUGAAGAAAUUAAAUUUGACGGACAACUAAACUGCAUGUCUUAAUUAACCUGAAACUUUAAACGUAUUUUGAACUGACCAAGCAUCUUUGGGCACAAUGUAUUUAAUAUAUAUGACUCCAAUAUAUAGUGACUAUGUUGAUUUAAAAGUUUCAUUUAUUUACUUAUUUUAAA